AAAUAAUAGGUACUUUGUCGAUCUCAUCCGAGGAUUAAAUGACAAUGUGUGUGCAAACACUGUACAGGGAAAAGCUGACCACAAUUGCUCCAUAAAUCUUAACCUAUGAAGUUCAAACAUAGGGCACCUGGGAUCCAGGAAGCACCCACUUCUAAAUUCACAAUCCCGUCUCCAGGCGACCUGUCUUGACCUGGAUGCUUUAACCGUUUACAUUUUUGUGGUUUAAUUCCUUUUAAACUCCGGAUUGGUUCUGGUUCUGCGGUUAUUCAUUUUUUGUGUGCGUGAUUUUUUUUUUUUUUUUUUUUUUAAGUAAUCUCUAUGCCCAACAUGGAAUGAACUCAUGGCCCAAAGAUCAAGAGUUGCAUGCUCUACGGACUGAGCCAGGCAAGCACGCCCCCCGCAUUAUUCUUCAAACCAAACUUUAUUAACUGUUUCUGCAUCCAGGCCCUGUAGUAGGCCUCAAGGGGACAAAAGAGCCUUCACACAGCUCAAGGUCCAUUGGAAAAUGUAUCGUCUGUCUCCCCCACGUGGAUGUGGGCUCUGAUGAAGACAGGGGCCUUGUUUUACAAGGGUUUCCCGGUUGCUGUUCUAUUUGCAGCACUUAGAAUAUUGCCUGGGCCCAAAUACAUUAUUGCUAUAUAAAUAUAUAUUGGCUAAACACAGGAAAGUGUGUGGAGAGCAGGCAAAUCGGGUGGUGUGCCCCAUGACAGAUGAGCCAUUGUUUUUUCUUCCCGAAUUAGGAGUCCACCUGGUGGUCAAAGCUAGGAAAACAUUCAGGGGAAGGACCCAGGAAGCGACAGAAGAAGCAGCAUCUCUUGUUCCUAGGGGCUUCUCAAUCCCCUGUCCAUAAACUUCCUAGAAUUGUUCCUGUCUGUGUAUACUUUCUUCUCCGGGGAAGGGGUACCCCAGAUUAUCUGGGAGUCAGGGCCCCAACCACUAAGAAGAUCCUUUCUAGCUCCCACAGUUUCUGGAUUCUUGCCCUAUCUCUCCCUCUAAUGCUCCCUCUAAUCCUGGAGGUCCCUAAGGUUGCUGCUGACCAAUCCUGUCCAGCAUUUCAGAGCAUCACUUCCAUCCCUAGACUUAGGCUCUCCACUUCCCAGUGUGGGAGCUGGGAGUUUCCCAGCUUGCUGACCGUGACCUUAGACAAGUUGCUUGCCAUUUCUAAGCCCUGGUUCCAUCACCUGCAGAAUAAAAGGGUAAUCCCCACCUCCUAUACCAUUUAUGAGGAUUGAAUAACAAGGCCUGCAGGAAGUAACCACAAGCCAUGGCCUGCGGUAAAUGUUCAGCAGGGGGUGGUUUAUUCAACUGGUCAGCUCUCUCGGCCCCUCCUCCAGCGCUGGGAGCCUCGGUCUCCCUGAGCAGAGAAUGGAGUCUGCAGGGUUCCCGGAAUGGAUUAGUUUCAGGUGUCACUUAAUCCGGGAGGCCCUUCCGUAAUCAGAGCCUUCAGAGCGGCAGAGGGGGUAUAAAUCGCGAACGGGGCCCACCUCACAGGCUGCAGAAUGGAGAGGGGGGCCGGAGCCCAGCUGUUCCUCCUGCUGUGGGCCACCUGCUGCGGACACGCACAAGCCAACAGCCCGAGCGACUACGGUUCGGUCAUCAACGUGACCAAUGGGGGUCCUUGGGGCGACUGGGCCUGGCCCGAGAUGUGUCCUGAUGCAUUCUUUGCCAGCGGGUUCUCGCUCAAGGAGGAGCCCCCCCAAGGCAUUCCUGGCGACGACACUGCUUUGAACGGAAUCCGACUGCACUGCUCACGCGGGAACGUGGAGCACAACACGCACGUGGUGGAGUCCGAGUCUGGAAGGUGGGGCGCAUGGAGUGAGCCCCUGUGGUGUCCCGGCGGGGGCUUCCUCGUGGCUUUCUCGCUGCGCGUGGAGGCCCCCCAGACCUACGGGGACAACACAGCAGCCAACAACGUUCGCUUCCGCUGCUCAGACGGCACGGAGCUGGAGGGGCCCGGCCUGGCCUGGGGCGACUUUGGAGAAUGGAGUAAGCCCUGCCCCAAAGGCAUUUGUGGUUUGCAGACCAAGGUGGAGCAGCCGAGGGGCCUCUGGGAUGACACUGCCCUGAACGACGUGCGCUUUUUCUGCUGCCGCAGUUAACGAGGGCGCCCGCCCGGGGGCCGGUCCCACCGCUCGCUAUUAAAGCUUCUCUGUCUUGGCUCUGGUCUGGCUUGUUUCAGGGGUAGGAAACUGCGUCUCCUUGCCUUCCUCCCAGCCCGACACUGGGCCAGGCCCAAAGUCGGGUUUGGGCUCAGGCGUCCCGGCAGGCCACUGAAAGGUACGGACCCAUAACCCAGGAAAAUGCCCUUAAACACAGUUCUGCGCCCGAGUUAAGGAAGUCCCUGGCUUCCUGAGGGCGUCGGCAGACUCCUCGUCCUCAUUAAGAGCUCAGACUGUUUCCUUUCUGAACUACCAGUGACCUCAGAUUGAGAAACUCCUACCAAGUUAGGUGACGAUAAAGCUAAAACCUCCUAAGCUUUCAUUUUCUAGAGCUUAAGCUGAUCUGUCUUUUCCACAGUUUCCUUCCUUUCCCUACAAAAGUUAAAGAGUGGCUUUUCCACGGACGGAUUUCCGCCUGGGACCUUUGUCCUUGCUGCUCCCCGCCUGGAACCGCCCAGCUACCCAGAUGGCUAACCCAUUCACCAGAUUUCGGCUCCAAUUUCACUUUCUCAGACUUCACCUUGUCUUAAAAGGUCCCUCCAGCAGCCAAUACCUAUCCCCUUACCAGCGUGUUUUGUAAAAAGUGAAGCAAUCUAUUGCCUUUUCAAAAAAAGGUACCCAUCCUAGACCCCUGGGUUCUUAGAUUCUCUGAGCGCACAGAACUUGCCUGUCUUGUUUACACCGACAGCUCAGUACCUCCUUGCUAGCACUUGCAGGGGUCCCACGCAGGAGCGCCCCCAGGCCCUCUGUACCUGAAGGCACCGUGUGAGACGCGCACGAGGGUUCAAAGGUUUAUUUCCAGGGCGGGGUGGGCCAGGCGCGCGUCCAGGAGCGGGCAGGCGGGUCAGCGCAGCCUCAGCGAGGGGCGCCCUGCGGAAAAGAGAAGGUGAGGACGCAGCCAGGGAGCACGGAGCCUCUCGCUCCAGCUCCCGCCCUCGCCGCCCCACCUCCUUCUUCCUGCAAUCGCCGCAGAGGACCCCGAGGGUGGCGUUCACCAGCUGCACCCCGCACAGCACCAUCUCCAGGCACGAGGCGGCCACCAGCAGCGAGAAGAGCGUCACAUGCCAGGAGACCACGCCAGGCGGCUCCACGCACAAAUCCCACAGAGUCCGGUUCUGCAAGUAAGAGCCUCUGCGGGGUGGGGGGCAGGGUCUCGUGGGAGAGGCAGGGCGCUCGGAGUGCCCUCCCUCCAGCCCCGCGCAGGCGCCGAGCGGGGUUUGGCCCACGUGGAGGUGGCUCCCGCGAAGGCGCGCCCCGUUCCCGGUUCCCCGAGUUCCCCAUCCAGGUGGGAAAGGCAGGGAAGGGGGGCGCGCGAAGCCUUACGCGGUGUCUCUGAAGUGGUAGUCCCACCGGCGGUCCAUUAAGCAUUUGGGUCCAAUUCGGAGCCCGGCUCCCGACACCGAGAGGCAGUAGAUGGCCCCCAGCACCCCGACGGCCGAGGAGAAGAUGGAGCGCAGCAUCUGGAUGCGCAGGGCAAGGGGAGGUGAGCGGGGCCGCGUCCUCCCGCGUGCGCGCACCUUAGCUCGCCCGGCUCCAGGCGCGGGAGAGAUUCGUCUCCCCGCAAAGCCCGGGGCUGGGCCUUAGCCGCCCCUACGAGCCUCGCGGAGGUUCGUGGGGGUCAUGGCGCCCUUUGCAGGCCCCCUGAGGCCGAAGUUGGGGGGCGAGGGAGGGGCGAGGCGGAGCUGGGACUGGGCCGGGGGAGCUCCCGUGGCUAGGGGGACCGUGGCAGGUGUGGCUCUGCGAAGGCCGGUUCAGAGACCCA